CUGGCUCCAUCCACCCAGCCUGCUAUAAAGGGGACAGUGGCAGGGACACCCAAAACAAGCUCCGAUUCCCAUUUUCAUCCAGGAGGAGAGACGAGGAUUCCCCCCCCACACACACCUGUGGUUGGUUGAUUGGUGGGUUGUUUCUCCUUCCCCCGCCCUCCACAAGGCCCUGGAGGUGAAUGAGCUUGAAAUCUUCCUCUGCCUUCCGCUCGGAGCGCAGUUUCCACCAGAACUCCUCGCCCACCCCCGCCCGGGAGCAGCACAUGGAGAAAGCCCGCGGGCUGUUCGGCGACGACUUCGGGAACUUCCUGAGGCCGCGCACCGAGCCCCUGGUGUUCCCAGCCCGGCCAGGCAACAUGGGGAACAUUAAGACCCUGGGGGACACCUACCAGUUUGCCGUGGACGUCAGCGACUUCUCCCCCGAGGACAUCAUUGUCACCACCUCCAACAACCAGAUCGAGGUCCACGCCGAGAAGCUAGCCGCAGAUGGGACCGUCAUGAACACCUUCACCCACAAGUGCCAGCUGCCUGAAGACGUGAACCCCACUUCCGUCACCUCUGCCCUGGGUGUGGAUGGCACCCUCACCGUCAAAGCCAGGCGGCACCCAGCCAAACACACAGAGCACGUCCAGCAGACCUUCCGGACUGAAAUCAAAAUCUGAGUGGCUGGCGCCGGGGGGGUGGGGCGGGGUGGGAUAUGGGGAAGCAGCUGGCCUGAGAUGCCCUAGAAACAACUCUUUAAAGAGCAGCUGGGGCGUCUUUCAAAGCUUCAACAAAAGCAAGGGACAUUGGGCCAAAUUCUGAUCACAGUUACACCGGCAUAGGGGCAAAGUCCUGGUCCCACUGAAGUCACUGGGGGCCAGAUCCAGCAGUCUGACCCCAGUGACUUCAUCUGACUGCAGCGAAGUCCGGGGAGCGAUGCACAUUUCCACCAGCUCAGGAGCUGGCCCCGCGAGUUCUGCUGUUGACUUCCAAUCGGCCCCUGCGCCUGACUCUGAUGAGAGAAUGAUUUAGCCCUGGCACCACUUAGGAGUUUUGCCAUGAACUUCAGUGAGAGCCGGAUUUGGCCCUGGCUCCUCUGGAUUUACACCAGCGUAACUGAGAUCAGGAUCUGGCCCGAUGGGCUUGUGCUGACGCGACUGGGAGGGAAGUUUAGCCCCCAGUGUGUAACCUGGAACCCUUGUCCCAGGCUAGUAGGUGUAGCAGGUUGUCCCACCCUAGGGAAGUAGGCAGUGAGGUCCUGAGCUGACCGAGGGCCGAGCCCUCCGGAGGUUCAAAUAACAAUCUCUGUAUAGGGAGAUCCAGGCAUUCACCUUAUUCAUUUAUAAGACUAAAUUCACUGGGCCUGAUUCUUCUCUGACCCUGGUUUUACACUGCUGUAGACCCACUGAAUGGAGUUACUCCUGAUCUACACCUGUGUGAGAGGAGACUCGAGAGCACUGACUUCAGCGGAGCUUACCCCAGGGAUGGAUUUGGCCUAAUGAGAAGAACUCGCCAGUUUCAUCCCUCGGACUGAGCUCUACCUGAGAGAGAUGGGAGCAGAA